AUUUAUGAUUAUUGAACAAUAUGAUAAUGAUGGAGACAAAGAACCUAUUAUUGAUUGUUUGAAUCAUUUCUAAUCUAAACAUGGAAUACCAGCAUCACAAAUUAAACUUAAUUAUUUUGGAGCCACUUUCUCAUCAACUAAAACUUAAUAAAAUUACUUAAGAAAAUUGUUUUAUCAUUAUUACAUAGAACAUAAAAAAUUAAUCAAAGAUAAAUCCUUAUCACUUGAACAUUUUAUGGCUAUCUCAUCUUCAUUUAUAGAUGCUCUUGAAAGCACUAAAUUAUAUUCCUAAAUUAGAUUACUCAUUCUACCUUCUUAAAAAAAGUAUCCAUAAGGAAUCAUAUUUCAUUUUGAUAUUUAAGAUAAAUUACCUUAUUUUUUAUCUGCAUCUAAUGAAAUUGAUACAUAAGGUUAUUAAUUAAAAAUGAAAUUUGGAAAUAAAAACUUCCUUGGAAUCCAUGAUUCAUUAGCAUUUGAAUAUGAUUAAAAUUUAAGUACUAGUAAAUCUAAUUGGUCACUUAGUUGGUCUUAUAAAAAUUUUUAUGAUUCUAAUUAUUCUUUUGCUUAUAGAUAGGCAUAAAUGUCAUCAAUCUAAAAUAUUGAUGAAAAUCUAGGUGAAUUUAGUUUUGUAUAUAAUAAUCAAAAUAGUUAAUUUAGUAUCUCAAAUUAAUAUAGAUUUAAUUAAAUUUAAGAUGAAGAAUCUUUAUUAGGAAGAUAUCUCUUUAGAAAAUAUAUAAACAAUUUUGAUUUCCUUCCUACUAAAUCCACUAUUAUUACAUUAUCUAAACCUUUUUCAACUAAAAUUUUUUAAGAUUAAGGGAUAUUAGAAGGAUAAAAUAAUAAAUUUAAUUGUAGUUUAGGUAUUCCUAAAUUAUCUAUGAAUCCAUUUUUUAAAGUAUGGAUGUCACAUUAAUUUUGGAUUCCAUUAUAUGAACAUAGAAAUAGAAUUAAACAAAUUAAGAAAUUAGUUGCUAAUUCUUCUAUAUAAUUAUCAUUUAAUUAUGGUUUAGCUUUUGGUUAGUCUCAUUUAGAUUUAAAUGAUACUUUUUAAAAUUUAUAAUUUAGAGGGUUUAAUUAAAUGAUAGAAAUGAGUUAAUUUUAAACUAGAAAGUAUGAUACUUUUGCUAAGUUUGAUUUUAAAUACAAUAUUCACAAUAUUUCAGGAAUGAAAGAAAAGAAUUUAUCAUAUUAAUUAUUUUGGUAUGGUUCUUUAUUAACAUUUGGGCAUCCAAAAUCUCUAUUAUAAAAUUUUAGAUCUUCUCUUGGAAUAGGUGUAUCAAUGCCACUUGGAGGAAUGUAACUUGAAGCAUUAGUGCCUAUGUAUACAUAAAAGAAAUAAUUUGAUAAAGAUCCUAUAUUUUAAAUUAGAAUAGCUACAGAUGAUUGA